UCUUUGACUCUGUCCUGAUUAUACCUGAUCGUCAUCAAGAUCAAUCGACCGCAUCAACUCUAUCAACACCACCUACAUUCCUCACACCAGCGCAUCGCAUCUCUUGCAUCUGAACUCAGUUUCGAUAUUCCGCAUACUCGAAACUCCGCUUCCGUUUUGCAGAACCUCGCCUCCCUGCGAAUCUCUGCAUAUACCGCCUUCACACAGCAGACCUCACUUCGAAUCCAGUCAAAACACCUCACAAUGUUUUCCAGAGGACUCCGCGUCAUCUCAAGGCGAGCCAUUGCCGCUCCCCUCGUCAGACCUUCCAUCGCCACCCGUCAGCUCGCGCCCGUCGCAUCCGUCCAGGCCCAGCGCUCGUAUCACGAAAAGGUGCUGGAUCACUACUCGCGCCCCCGAAAUGUCGGCUCCAUGAACAAGAGCGACGCUGAUGUCGGCACCGGCCUCGUCGGCGCGCCUGCCUGCGGCGAUGUCAUGAAGCUCCAGAUCCGCGUCGACCCCGAGACGCAGAAGAUCUCCGAGGUCAAGUUCAAGACGUUUGGCUGCGGCUCGGCCAUUGCCUCCAGCAGCUACCUGACCGAGCUUGUGCGCGGCAUGAGCCUGGACGAUGCCGGAAAGGUCAAGAACACGGAGAUUGCCAAGGAGCUGUGCCUGCCUCCUGUCAAGCUGCAUUGCUCCAUGCUUGCUGAAGAUGCCAUCAAGUCUGCUAUUUCCGACUACUACACCAAGAACCCCUCGCGGAAACCCACCGACCUGAGCGGCACCAGCAUGAAAAUGCCUACGUCCGAUGCCGUUGCGGCCUAA